CACUUCACUCCCCGGAUUUAAAUGCUUCAACGGUUUUUUCCACGCAGUAGCGAAGGGGCGGUGCGCGACGCCGGACAGCCGCAGAUUUUCUCGGACCUUCAACUAAACCGCGCCGACGGGUCCAGCGGGUGCCCAGACGCUAUGACCUGCUCGGGGGAGACGUGCUACCUACGCCGGAAUGAUGUUUUCCGGAAACGGGACGUGCCAGCCCACACUCUACGUUGGUGAACAGGUCGCAGUUGUGUGGAUUGUGUCCCGUUACAACGGCACAGUCUUCACGAGUGCUGUGCAACAAGACAUUUCCAGCCUAGCGCCGUGCCUGACGUCUAUUGUUGACUGCUCAAGGAACUAGCUGACAUAAUGACGAAGACAGAGAGCGACCUGCUGGACCCGCCGUCGACGACGGCGUCUGACGACGACGAGAUCGAGUACCCGAGUUGUGGCCCGCUCAAAGUGAGCCUCUGGCAGCUCGCCGAGCAAGAGCUGCGAGAGACGCCAGCUCGCCGACAGAGGGACCUGCAGAUCAUCAGGGACAUGAUACGAUGCGACCGGGACCUCGACUGCCGCAUGGACGACGCCUUCCUGGUGCGGUUCUUGCGCUGCCGCAAGUUCGACAGCAGCCGGGCGUACAAGGUGCUGCGCCAGUACUACCGGCUGCGCCAGAACAACAUGCAGCUGUUCCGCGACUUCUACCCCACAUACCUGCGCGCCACUUUCGAGCGGAACCUGCAGACGGUGCUGCCCGACCGCGACCCCAACGGAUGCGCGGUGUUCAUCUUCAAGGGCGGUCAAUGGGAUCCGUAUGGGUGCAGUUCUGAGGACAUCUUCCGGGCCAACGUUCUCUGCCUAGAGCAGGCCAUUAUGGACCCUGUGACACAGGUGACGGGGCUUGUGGCAGUCAUGGACAUGAAGGGAUUCGGCUUCACACAUCUCCGCUUCUGUCCUCCCAGCAACCUGCAGAAGGUUGUCUCCCUCAUACAGGACUGCUUCCCUGCUAGGUUCAAAGCAAUCCACAUCAUCAAUGAACCAGCUAUAUUCGGAAUGCUGUUCAGCAUUGUGAAGCGAUUCCUGAAUGACAAGCUCCAACAAAGGAUACACUUUCAUGGAUGUAAUAUAGCAUCCUUGCACAAGUUUGUACCCCCCGAGAUAUUACCUGAGGAGUAUGGCGGCUUCAACGGCCCCAUGGAUAACUCUGAGUUUGUGGCCCGCAUGUACAGGAAUGACGACAUCUUCAAGAAGGAUGCUGAAUAUGGCUUCAAGAUCAGGAUCAAAGGAUGACUCUCACUGCGUGUUAGCCAGUGUACUUGCCCUACAAUGUAGGCUGGCACUGCUGCUUUUUAGUUAUGACAGUGUUCUUCAGUUGUGAUGACAGGUUGUCCAAGUAUUUAUUUGAUGUGUGUGAUGAGCUGGCUUCCUUUGUACAAAUCAGUCAGUGAAAUAAAUGUGACCCUCAGCAGUUGUGCAAAGCCUGAA